AUCCAUGAUCCAGGUAGUUUCAAUAUUCCGUAAUUCUUUGAGAGAGUUUUCACAAUAUGACGGAUUCAACAAUGUAUACCGUGUAAUUUUCUUCACUGGGAUCUGAAUGCGACAAUUUCUCCACAUCGAUCAUGUCGCUGUCCAAUAAUCUUAAUCGCUCGCCCAAGCCUCAAGACCAUGUUUGGUACUUUGCUUAUGGCUCUAAUCUAUCCUCGGAGAUAUUCCGUGCUCAUCGAGGUAUCCAGCCGCUUGAGGCCAUCCCUGUCCGCCUCCCUGGCUGGUCCCUCACCUUCGAUAUUUACGGCGUUCCAUACCAAGAGCCAGCUUUCUUAUCAAUUUCUGUUGCCGUUGCUUCAACUGGCAAGAACAGCAAUGGUGUUGCUCUGCCUGAUGUCCAUGGCACCGCAUACCUAGUUGACAGGAAGGCAUACUAUUCCAUCAUUGCCUCCGAAGGUGGUGGCACAGCGUAUGAAGAGAUCGCCGUACGAGCUGAACGGAUCUCUUCAGGUGCAGAGAAAGAAUCUCAUAUUCCCCAGUCCCUAGUGGUAAUGACUUUGACGAGGGGAUACGCAGAGACAAUCCCUCGGUGUCCCAGUCAGCGGUACAAGGAUAUUGUGGUUCAAGGAGCAGAAGAAGCGCACCUCCCAGCGUCGUAUCGGUCAUUUCUGGACACUAUACCCACGUAUCGGCCUCCGAAAUCCGCGUGGCGGCUCGUCGGAGCGAAGAUCUUCCUUGCCAUUUGGGUUCCUGUAAUGAUGGUAGCAGAGUGGAUAACUAAUAUGACAGCAAAUUCGGAUGGCAAGGGGAAUUGUCCGAGAUGGGUACAUGGCCUUGUGAGAUUCCUAUUAGUCGCGAUGUGGCUGCACCAUGAUCUAGUCCAUGCUCGUAUUUUUGGACGGGGGGACGGAUUAGACGAGAGCGGUGACGUAGAGACGGCUGGGGAGAAUCACGGGCGGAUUUUUCUACGGUAAUCUGGAGUUGUACGGAGGCAGCUAUCAAAACUUAUGUCCAUCUGGCCAGCAGGGGUUAUAGCCAACCUAGCUAUGUAGUCUAGGCCUAGCAACCUAGCGAGCAUUAGGUAUCGAAAAUAGCAGCCUAACGGAGCUAACGCUACCUAUUUUGAUGGGCUUUUAAAGUU